AUGACACAUUGUUCACGAAUCCUCUGUUCUCAGUCCCCUCUAAUCGGAAGUCGAACAGUCAUCACUUCGUCGUCUUGGUCUCUCUCCUCCUCCUCGAAGCUUCUCUUCCGUCAGAUCUUCGAGGAAGAAUCUUCCACUUACACUUACCUUCUCGCCCACGUUUCACAUCUGUUCUGGAGAGUGUUUUGCUUUCACAAAAGAUGGUAUAUUUCGAUAUGGUUAUUGAGGAUUUUUGUGUGGUUGAUCAUAUUUAUGUUCUCUUAUUACAAGCAGCUGAUUGGUCCUGUGGACAAGACCGUUUAUGAGCUAAGCUUGAAACUUAUUUAUGCGAUAAACAGAAAUGUCCAUGCUAAUCAUGUCACUGGAACCGUUUACUUGAUUCAAGAACUCAACGUGUUACUCAUUGUCUGCUCAAAUCUGAAUCUUGUGUAUCCAAAGGUUAUUGAUGAUGCAGUGCCAGCAAACAUGGUAUGUGGAUUACAAAAUUUUCCUCAAGCCAACUUAUAA